AUGGCCGCCCAGUCGAAGCUCUCCCCAACCCGCCAUCUCUCCAGCCAGUCCCUCAAAAGCAUCAUCAACGAGCUCACAUCCCGCUACCUCCAGCACCGUACGCGCAUCUCGCGCGCCAUAUACCUGACCCUCUUCGUCGCGCUCGUCAGCCGCAUCCGCAAUGCCAUCGCUGAGCAGAAAGCCGCCUCGCUGCGGCAAGCCGAGGCGCGCAAGCGGCCUGGUACGGGGGCUACAGAGGGCGAAGCGACGGGCAGGAAGAAGGUGGAGCUGAACCGGGAGUUCUUCAAGAAUCUGCUGAGACUGCUGCGGAUCGUGAUACCGGGGUGGCGGAGCAAGGAGUUGAGGUUGCUGAUUAGCCAUAGCAUCUUCCUGGUGCUCAGGACGCUGAUUAGUUUGUAUGUUGCGGAGCUGGAUGGGCGGCUUGUGAGCAACCUUGUGAGGGGCAAGGGGAGGGAGUUCCUCACGGGGCUGGUGUGGUGGAUGGUUGUUGCUGUGCCGGCGACGUUUACCAACUCUAUGCUCUCCUACCAUCAGUGCAAACUCUCCCUACAGUACCGCACACGCAUCACAAACUACAUCCACAACAAAUACCUCAACCAUAUGACCUUCUACACGCUCUCCGCGCUCGACGACCGUAUAAAGAAUGCCGACCAACUCAUCACAGUCGACGUCGCGAAAUUCUCCAACAGCCUCGCAGAGCUCUACUCCAACAUUGCGAAGCCGAUCCUCGACAUGGUGAUCUAUAACUGGUCAUUGUCUCGCAGCGUCGGCGGAGAGGGCCUCUUCAUGAUGAGUCUGGUUGUGCAGCUGUCCGCGAGCGUCAUGCGCGCGCUGACGCCCCCGUUCGGGAAGUACGUCGCGGAUGAGGCGCGCCUGGAAGGGGAGUUCCGGUUCCAGCAUUCGAGGCUCAUUGAUUAUAGCGAGGAGGUUGCGCUGUAUGCGGGACAUGAGGCGGAGAAGGAUACAUUGGAUAAGGGGUACUUUACUUUGAUCAAGCAUGUUAAUCGCAUACUGAGGCGGCGUUUCUAUCAUGGGAUUAUGGAGGAUUUUGUUAUUAAGUAUUUCUGGGGGGCAUUGGGGUUGAUGCUGUGCAGCGUGCCGGUCUUCUUCAAGGUACCUGGCGCCACUGGGGCAAGCAUGGGCGACCGGACAGAAAGCUUCGUCACAAACAGGCGCAUGCUCCUCAUGUCCUCCGACGCUUUCGGCCGCGUCAUGUUCUCCUACAAAGAGGUCACCGAGCUGGCCGGCUACACCGCGCGCGUUUCCACCCUCCUCGACGUCAUGGACGACAUCCGCGCCGGGCACUUCGAAAAGCGGCUCGUCUCGUCCGCCUCCACUGACGAGAACGCCGCCGUGCUGCGGGGCCGCGGCCAGGUCUCCGAGGGCUCUGACAUCGAGUUCGUCGACGUGCCGAUCGUGUCGCCGAACGGGGAUAUCCUGGUGCGCAAACUCAGCUUCUCGGUGCGGCCUGGGGAGCACCUCCUCAUCGUUGGGCCGAAUGGGUGCGGGAAGUCGAGCCUUUUCAGGAUCUUGGGCGGGCUGUGGCCCGUUUACGGCGGCACGGUCAGAAAGCCGCCGUUCGAGGACAUCUUCUACAUCCCGCAGCGGCCGUACCUGUCGCGUGGGACAUUGCGCCAGCAGAUCAUCUACCCGGACGGCGUGCGCGAGAUGCGGGAUAAGGGCAUUACGGACGCGGAUCUGCACCGCAUACUCUCGGUCGUGGAGAUCGAGAGCAUCGUCGAUCGCCCGGGCGGCUGGGACGCGGAGCAAGAGUGGACGGACGUGCUGUCCGGUGGCUUGCAGCAGCGGGUCGCGAUGGCGCGGCUGUUCUACCACGCGCCGAAGUAUGCGAUCUUGGAUGAGUGCACUAGUAGCGUGACGCUGGAGAUUGAGAGGGUGAUGUACGAUGAGGCGAAGAGGUUGGGGAUUACACUUAUGACGGUCAGUCAUCGGAGGAGUUUGUGGAAGUAUCAUAGUAGGAUUUUGCAGUUUGAUGGACAGGGGAACUAUGUGUUUACGAGAUUGGAUGCGGAGAGGAGGCUGCAGUUGGAAGAGUGA